GGAGGAGAGAGUAACGAGGAUAAGCGAAUUAAAUCCUAAUAAAAAAGAUAAGGCGAACACCCAACACUUCCUGGUUCACCCACAUCUCUGCAGCACACCACCAACAAUGACUUCCCUGCAAAAUUCAACCUCAAUUAAUCAAACCCUCUUCCUCAAUUCCUUCCCUCAGUGGGUUCAGUUGCAGAAGCACCAUGCUACUUUCUCUUUCUGUAGAAGGAGGUUUUCACUUCUUGUUAGGUCCCAGCAAGCAUCACCACCACCUCCAUCAUCAACAUGCUCUUCUUCUCAAGAUAGACCUGGGAGACGCCAAGUCCUUGCUGCAGGCAUAAUUGCCUCUUGGGUUUCUCUGGUUAAUCAAAAUUCUGUAUCAUUUGCUGCAGAAAAUAAAAAGGGAUUUAUGUCGGUAUUGGACAAGAAGGAUGGAUACUCGUUUCUCUAUCCGUUUGGGUGGCAGGAAGUAGUCAUUGAUGGCCAAGACAAGGUAUUUAAGGAUGUCAUUGAACCAUUAGAAAAUGUCAGUGUGAAUUUGAUUCCAACAAACAAGCAAGACAUUCGAGAAUUUGGACCCCCAAAAGAGGUUGCUGAAACUUUAAUCAAGAAGGUUCUGGCUCCUCCUAACCAGAAAACAAAGCUCAUCAAUGCAACCGAGCAUGACGUUGAUGGGAAAGCGUAUUACACAUUUGAGUUCGUUGCUCAAGCUCCAAAUUAUACUCGUCAUGCGCUCAGCACAAUCUCUAUUGGCAACGGUAAGUUUUACACUUUGACAACAGGGGCCAAUGAAAGGAGGUGGGGUAAGAUGCAAGACAAAUUGCAGUCCAUCGUGGAUUCCUUCAAAAUUUUCAAUGUUUGAUCUUUGAUGUGCUUAUUAUUUGAUUCCCUUCCGUUCUCUGAUUAGGUAGUCUUUACUCUUUGAUCCGAGCACCAUUGUACACUUUCCAGAUACGAGGCUCUAUCUUUUGUCUCUUUGCUUGUGUUCUUUAUCUAGUCGUUCCUUCUGCUUUUGGUUUCUUA